UUCAUAUUCACCGUUAUUGGUCAUGCUGUGGUUAUCUGCAGCCGGUCAAACAGUUUGGGCUAGCUGGCAUUCAUCGACUACGUUUUCACAACGGUUUUUAACCGGUUUAGUUAAUACCGAUCUAAGGGAAUAGACAAAUCAUUGACAAUUCUAAUUGUAAGGAUUUGGGAUUGGUCAAUUCCUUUAGAACAUUAUUAAAUAAACCGGUUUAAGUUCGUUGUGUAAACGAAGUCAUCGUGUCUUAAUACCUAUACGGAGUUUAGUGUUUCGCGCGUCGGCAUUCAGUUUGGUGCUGUUUUCGGUUGCUGUAUUUUGUUUACAACGAUUUUGAAGAAGUUUCUACGGUACAAUUAUGGAAUCUGAUUAUGAUGAAGAACGUAGUGGUUGGGGGGAUGAUAUGGCCAGGGGUACUGACGAUGGAGGUGGAGAAGAUGCGCUGGAUAAUCCACAAGAAGUGCUUAAUGAAUGCUUAGAUAAAUUUAAAACUCCGGAUUAUAUUAUGGAGCCAGGCAUUUUUACUCAAUUGAAGAGAUAUUUUCAAGCAGGGGGAAAUCCUGAACAAGUCAUAGAAUUAUUAUCAAAAAAUUAUACAGCAUGUGCUCAGAUGGCUAAUCUCCUUGCUGAAUGGCUUAUUCUCGCUGGUGUAAAAGUAACUGAUGUUCAGGCUAUGGUAGAAAACAAUUUAAAGGAUAUGAUUCUGAAAACGUUUGACCCCAAAAAGGCUGAUAAGAUUUUCACAGAGGAGGGAGAAACUCCUGCGUGGUUAACUGAAAUGAUACAACAUCCUACUUGGAGAUCUCUUAUAUACAGACUAGCCGAGGAGUAUCCAGACUGCUUAAUGCUAAACUUCACGAUAAAGCUCAUAUCGGAUGCAGGCUUUCAAGGUGAAAUCACAAGUAUUUCAACAGCUGCACAACAGAUUGAAGUAUUCUCAAGAGUACUGAAAACAGCCAUAGCCGGAUUUUUGCAAAAUACUGAAAACUGGCAAUCAAGUAUUCAAGAAUGUGCAAAAAUGGUAUGUCAUGGCCAACAUACAUACGUCUAUAGUCAAGUCUUAUUACAAAUCCUGGCCCAGGAACCUCGUGGUGGUUUCAUGAUGAAGAGAUUGUCCCAAGAAAUAACAAAAUGUGCCCAGCAAAAUCGGCACGAUGUUACUCCAAUUACAAUGGCACUAAACGGAGCAGCUGGUAGCCCUGGAGCGUGUCAGGCUCUAGCAUCCAUGUUAUCCAGAAACACAUUAAAUCCAGCAGAUAUCACAGUUUUAUUUAGAAAUUAUUCUGCAGCAGAGCCACCCCCUAUCGAGUUACUCCGAAAUCCUCAAUUCUUAGAACUUCUGGUUGAUGCAUUAUUUAAACCUGGUGUUAAGGUGAAUCCUGAACAUAAGUCCAAGUAUAUAUACUUGUUAGCUUACGCUUCAAGUGUAUGCGAGACUUCUGCGAAGAAAGGUACUCAGCGUAAAGUAAAUAAGGACGAAUUGAAAAUAACAGUACAAGCUAUCGAGAAGGUCCACAAUAUUUGUAAUAUAGAUAAAGGGUCUACGGAACUCGUGGCAGAAUUGAAUACGCUGUAUCAAUGCAUUAGGUUUCCUGUAGUUAGCGUGGGUGUCAUACGAUGGGUUGAAUGCACAGUAACAGAAUCAUCAUAUUUUAAAUUGAGUACAGAGCAUUGUCCUAUUCACUUGGCGCUACUAGAUGAAGUCGUGGGUUCGCAUCCUUUGUUACAUCUGAAAGUCUUACAAUUGCUUGUACAGCUCUUUGAGAGUAAACAGGAUGAACUUGAGAUUCUUGUUCAGUUGGAAUUAAAAAAGAUGUUGAUAGAUCGGAUGGUAAAUCUUUUAAGUCGUGGUUGCGUUGUACCUGUAGUUUGUUAUAUUAAGCAAUGCUGGCAACGUGGUGACACUGACGUCUCACUCAUUCGAUAUUUCGUCACAGAGGUUCUUGAAGCGAUAGCACCACCGUACUCGGCUGAAUUUGUUCAGUUAUUUUUGCCUAUGGUAGAGAAUGAGGAAAUUACAGGAACCAUGCGCGGUGACAGUGACAAUGAUCUUGUUUCUGAAUUUAUUGUUCAUUGUAAGGCACACUGUCCUGUUGUAAGAUGACGAUUUAAAGUUUGACUUACGCAAAGGUUGAACAAAGGACAAUAGUGAUGGGUGCGAAUGAAGUUUUUAUUUUACUUAACGACAGGGAUCAUCGUAAUACAUAAGUUAACUGUUGUUAAUGUGUAUAUAGCGGACGAAUUCUUCUAUCCAUCUGUGAUACAAGGAUCUAGGUGCUCUCUGGAACAAAAAGAUUUAUCUUGUUGAUAUACAGUUCUAGUAAGAUCUUUAUUAGCACGCAGAUUAGGAUUAGUUCUUAUUCUUUUCGAAUAUGUAUUGUGUGCAAUCUUGUUUUAAACGAGAGAAAAAGAAUGAAUUAUGUUGUAAAUGCAUAAAAAGUGUUAACUGCAAAUCUGGCAUGGAUAAAAACGUUUUGUAAAAUACAUUCUUUUUUUUUUAAAACUUGCUUUUAUAUAUAAUUUUACUGCAACGAGCAUUCACGUGUUGUAGAUGGAGAAUGUACUAUCUUUUCUUUUUUAGUUAAGUAAAUCACAUUAGGAUGCAAGGAUUUGGUUAGUUAUUUAGAUAAAAAUACAUAUUAUAUAAAUAAUAUAUUGUUAAUUAGAAAAAAGGUAAAUCGUUUCUCUCAAUGAUCGUUAUACAAUGUUACAACUGAUAUGGAAGAAAAAUAUCAAUUUAAAACACA